GUAAUCGGGCAAGGGCUGGAGGGGGAUCCGAUGCCCGUCUGCAGAGACCGAAAGGGUGGUUCCACAGGGUGGAGACGGACUGGGACGGCGCUAGGAGCCUGUGGCCUCAAGUUGCAGCAGGGAAAUCGCAGUUGGAGACGUGGAGAAACUUCCUGGCUCUGGGGGUGGCUGGGCACUGGAGCCGGCCGCCCAGAGAAGCUGUGGCAAUGUCCGAGAGCGGGAUGGACAGACGCGGCUGGGAUGCUUUAGUCAGGCUGAUCCUGCCUGGAGCGGGGGCUGGACUAGCCGCUCUCCCAAGGGCCCUGCCAGCCGGCGUUGGCUCUGUGAUCCUCGUGCCCCCUCGCUGCUGGGAGGGGCUUUGCCCUCCAGGCUCUGCUCGCUCGGGCCCUGGGCUUGGCCCCCCACUGCCCCUCACCCUGCAGCUCCUCAGCACCGCUCAGUCUGAGGCCGUCGCUGACUGCCCUGUUAGUAGAGCAUGGGGCCAGCUGGACCGGUCCUGGCCCCGCUGGGCAGCUCAGCAGCCGUCUGUAGCGGGCACGUGUUCCUGGCUGUGCCGGCCACAGCUCUGGCUGGAGGCGGGGAAGGUCACGCUCCGAGCAGGCUGGUACGCCUAGGUUUCCCCUGCCUGGCUGGACCCUGCUCCCGGUCGCCUGAGGCUGGGCAGAGCCUCAGAGGGCUGCUCGCGGGGGGAGCGUGCUGCGCCGUGCCUGGGGCAGCCCCCGGCAGACCAGGCUGAUGCGAGUGCCCAAGCUGCACCGUGUGCCAGGGCAGUGCCAGGGUCGGGGCAUUGGGAAGGCAGCUCCUUGGAGCCUGCAGCGCAGCUCUGGGUGCCUCGGAGAGGACAGUGCUGCGUUUCGAGGUGCCCGGCAUUGCUAACUACACGGCCCUGCUGCUGAGCCCGGAUGGAGCCACGCUCUACGUGGGCGCCCGUGAGACCCUCUUCGCCCUCGAGACCCGCCACUUCGUGCCGGGCCCGCAGCACCGCAGCCUACAGUGGACCGCGGACGAGGAGAAGAAGCGGCAGUGUGCCUUCAAGGGCAAGGACCCCCAGCGGGACUGCCACAACUACAUCAAGAUGCUGCUGCAGCUGAACAGCACCCACCUGUACACGUGUGGGACCUGCGCCUUCAGCCCCGCCUGCGCCUACGUGAACAUGCAGAACUUCAGCCUGGAGCAGGAGCCAUCAGGGAAGCUACUGCUGGAGGACGGGAAAGGCCGGUGCCCCUUUGAUCCUGAGUACAAGUCCACCGCCAUCAUGGUCGACGGCGAGCUGUACGCCGGGACCGUCACCAACUUCCAGGGCAAUGAGCCGACCAUCUACAGGAGCCAGGAGAGCCGCAUCUCCCUCAAGACUGAGAACUCCCUCAACUGGUUGCAAGACCCUGUCUUCGUGGGCUCAGCCUACCUGCGUGAGAGCCAGCUGCCCGGGGGCCCUGGGGGUGACGAUGACAAGGUCUACUUCUUCUUCAGCGAGACGGGCAAGGAGUUCGACUACUUCGCAAACACCAUCGUCUCGCGCAUCGCCCGCGUGUGCAAGGGAGACCUGGGCGGGGAGCGGGUGCUGCAGCGGCGAUGGACCACGUUCCUGAAGGCGCAGCUGCUGUGCUCGCGGCCCGAGGACGGCUUCCCCUUCAACGUGCUGCAGGACAUGUUCGUGCUCACGCCGCAGGGGCAGGGCUGGGAGAGCACCGUCUUCUAUGGCGUCUUCACUUCCCAAUGGAACAAGGGGGGCCCAGGCAGCUCGGCCGUGUGCGCCUUCCCCAUGCAGGAGGUGCAGAGAGCCUUCGGCGGCCUCUACAAAGAGGUGAACCGCGAGACGCAGCAGUGGUACACGGACACCGGCCCAGUUCCCGAGCCCCGGCCUGGAGCGUGCAUCAACAGCCGCACGCGGCAGAUGAAGAUCAACUCAUCACUGCAGAUGCCAGACCGGGUGUUGAACUUCGUCAAGGACCACUUCCUGAUGAACAGCCCCCUCCGCAGCGCUCCCCUGCUGCUGCAGAGCCGCCUGCGCUACCAGCAGCUCAGUGUGGACCACGUGGAGGGCCUCCAUGGCACCUACCACGUCCUCUUCCUGGGCACGGAUGACGGGCGACUGCACAAGGCUGUGAGUGUGAGCGGCAAAGUGCACAUCAUCGAGGAGCUUCGCCUGUUCCCCGCCGGCGAGCCAGUGCUCAAGCUGCUGCUGGACCCCCACCAGGGCUGGCUGUAUGCUGCCUCCUACUCCGCGUUGGCCCAGGUGCCCAUCUCCAACUGCAGCCUGUACCGGAGCUGCGGGGAGUGCGUCCUGGCCCGGGACCCCUACUGCGCCUGGAACGGGAGUGCCUGCCGCAGCGUGCCACCGAGCCCCCAGCGGGCGCACGCCCAACACUGGGCCCAGGAUAUUGAAGGCGCCAACACGGAGGAGCUCUGCCGACUUGGCAAUGGGUCCAUGCCUGUCCCACGCCGUCUCCUCCCCACAGCAGACGCAGCCCCGUGCCAGAGCGUGCAGCUCCCGGCCAACGCGGUGCGGUCCCUGCCCUGCCAGCUGCUGUCUAACUUGGCCUCCCGGCACUGGCUGCACAACGGCACCCGCAUCGACGCAUCCCACCUGGUGCUGCCGGACGGGGCGCUGGUGCUGGUGGGCAGCCCGGAGCGCGUGGGCACCUACGAGUGCUGGUCGCUGGAGGAAGGCUUCCGCAAGCUCAUGGCCAGCUACUGUGUGGAGGUGGAGGCUGCACCCAACGUCCGCCCCCGGCCCCCUGUACCUGUGCCCCCGGCCCACCCAGACGCGGCGGUGCCCCCCCUCAUCAGCACGUCGCGCAGCACCUCGGCCGGGGGCAGCGUGGCGGCGCGGCUGGACGACAACAGCUACUGGACAGAGUUCCUGGUCAUGUGCGUGCUAUUUGGGGCUGCCGUGGUGGUGCUUACCCUCUUCCUGCUGCACCGGCACCGCGACGGCAUGAAGGCACUGCUGGAGCCGGGUGAGCGCGGCACCGGCCACACCAAACCCCCACGCAAGGCAGUCGAGAGCCUGCCCCUGAACGGCAGCAACCUGCCCAGUGCUGCCCCUGAGCACAAGGGCUACCAGGCCCUGCAUGAUAACCACAUCGCCAGCACGCCCGUCCACGAGCCCCCGGGUGCCCCGGCCUUCUCUGGCUCCGAGAAGAGGCCCCUGAACCUGUGUGACAGCUUUGUGGAAGUGUCUCCCACCUGCCAGAGGCCCCGGGUGCGCCUGGGCUCCGAGAUCCGGGACUCCGUCGUGUGACCGGGGCUGCAGCGGCCUGGACUGACGCUGGCCGCGGCUCCGCAGAGCCUCCCCGGGCAGGGCGGGUGUCGGGGUGCACGUGCAUGCCCGGCCAUGGAGCAAACGGCUUGCAGCCUCCCCGUGGAGGGGAGAUGAGAGGGGUCCCUGCCCCAGGCACAGCGUGUGCUUUGCGGAGGGUGUGGGGGCAGGCGGGAGCGUCCCCAGUGCAUGGGGCACUCGCAGGGGCUAGGGACGUCCCGGCGGCGUGGGGCCAGAGCGGGCUCGGGGCUCGCGUGCCCCCUGGCAGGACACUGGAGGGUGCCUCCUCUGCUGUCCGGCGCCAGGCCCUGUGUGGAGCAGGCCAGGCGUGGGUGGGCUGGCCUGGGGCUGGGACACCUCCCUGGGCUCGGGCAUGUCCAGUGAUGCUGACAUGUGCCAGGCACCGCGGCCCCCGGUGUGCAGAGUCCAUUCAGGCAGGAGAGAGCACACCCAGCCCCGGGACCACUCUGCCCCUGCCUCCAUGCCAAGCCGCCUCGUUCCCCAUCUCACUGUGACACCCUGCCCGGCGUGGCCUGGCUCGGGCUCCCAUGGGCCACGCAUGUGCAGGGCCGUGGGCCCGGCUGGACUGGACAGUGGCAUGUUCUGUGCGUCUGUGCUGUGCUUUGUUCAUACGACGUGGAACUGUGAAGGGCACCGCCAGCGGGUCGGAGCAGCUGAGCCGGGGCGGUGCCCCCGCGCAGCGCCCCCUCCCCUCCCCUUCCCCACGGCUGUGAAAGCCAGGUGAGGCACCAGGCUGCACAGGUCACAGAUGUGUUUGCACAUGAGUGAGUUGUUGUCUGUGUUUUUUACAUAAAGUCUGUGUUUCUCCUUUGUACGGAGCGGCUGCCGU